AUGGCUUACACUAACAAGAUUCCAGCAGCAGCUGCGGUUGCGACAGCGAUGCUCUUUUUAGCAGUUAUGAUGGCUCCCCGGUGGACGGAGGCACAAACGAUGCCAAAUCUGGAUCCAGUGUGCACAAUAUUGAUUACUGACAUUAUGACAAAAUGCUACUUAUCGGGGAAUUUGGCGCCAUCUACAGAAUGCUGCGAUGAUCUCAAAUCGGCGAACAGUAAGCAAGUAACGUGUCUCUGCGACAAUUUCAUUGCACAUCCUUCUAACAACAACGUCACACAAGCUCUCUUGGAGGUAUACCACCACGACUGUGGCGUUGCUGACAAAUUCGUCUGCAAAGGAAACUCCAAUGGAGGAGCAGCUAAGAAGAUCAGUGCAUCAAUUGGUCUACUUGGUUUGGCUACAAGUCUAUUCUUUUAA